AGUGAAUCAUCAGUUAAUAUUUGUUUCGUGCCACGUCUCUAAUUAUUAAAUUAUUUUACACUGUGCUUUUAUAAUAUUUGAAAUUUUGUGCUACAUUGGAAAAAAUAUCUUUUAUUCGAACUUUUUGAAGUUUAAUUUAUAAUGGGUAGAAGAUAUUAUUGUGAAUAUUGUGAUAGAUCGUUUAAGGAUGAUCCGGAAGCCAGAAAAAAACAUCUUUCAAGUUUGCAACAUGCGAAAAAUCGUGCAGAUCAUUAUAAUAUGUUCAAAGAUCCAGAAAUUAUUUUAAGGGAAGAAUCUACAAAAAUACCAUGUAAAUGGUAUUUAACUAAUGGUGAAUGUGCAUUUGGCCUUGGUUGCAGAUAUUCCCAUUAUACUCCUCCUAUGAUAUGGGAACUUCAACAUCUUGUUGCUAUGAAAAAUCAAUCAAAGUUGAAUAUAAAUCUCGAAAAUGGCUGGCCAAAUCCUGACGAUAUAAUUAAAGAAUAUUUUGAGAAUAAUACGAGCACAAGCACUACAGAUGAUUUUACGUAUCCUAAUUGGCACAGACCAUCGGAGCUACAUAAUUAUUCUAUGCUAUCACCAUCGUUAUGGCCUAUUACGCCUGAAAGUUUAGCAAAUACUACAAGAUUCGAAGAAUGGGGUUGAAAAUGUAAGGAAUAUAACGUUCCUUGUUAAAUUAAAUGAAAAUACAUAUAUUUAAGACUCAUCCAAAAGAGUAAAUAACAUAUGAUAUAUAAACAAUUUAAAUAUAUAGUUUUUCAAAAAACUGAAUAUUUUGUUAAUAAAUGAACAUAUAAAAUUGGGAAAUGUGUUCACUUUCUUAAAUAGGAAAUAUUAUUGUUAAUAUUAUAUUUGUAAUAAUAUUAUUUAUUUAAUAAUUAAAAUAAAAA